CCAAUUGGAAUUUGCUAAAUAUUUGCUAGGUAUUGUCUCAGUAAAUGCAGUCUCUCUCAAGGGUUUUCUCUUUUAUUAAAAACAUGCAUUAAUUGCAUAUAGCAAAUAUUUUUAAAACGUUGAGUUCAGUAUUGAGUAUUGAAUAAGUAAAAUAAAAUGGAAAACAAGAUUGAUCCCGCAAGUGAAGUCGAUUUUAUGUCAAUUGUGAAUAUAGCAAAAUCUUUACGAAGAGAGCAAUUGUUUGUAUCAAAUGAACAGAGCAAUUUUGCUAGUUCACAUAAAUUAUAUGAAAAAUACUUGUGCCAUACCCAACAGGUGGCAUGGAUUUGCGCUCGCCAGCGUCAAGUAAUGCACAACCUCAUAUUAGCAAAACCAGAAUCCGGACUUUCUGCGUUAUGUCAGCGUAUAGAUCUACUAGAAAAUUGUUACUUCAUCGACAUUUAUCACUGCAAAUUUGUUGAAUACCCACAAAUUAUAGCUUUAAUAGAGAUGCUAAACUUCCUAUAUGAUAAACCUGCGAUUAUUGCUUACGCCUUAUCUCUUGCAGAUAAAAAUGGAACCAGCAAAGCACGAAUAGAUUCUACCAUCAAUUUUGUUGUGAAUGGUUUAUACAGGAGUGGAAUUUAUCCCAAGGAUGUAGAAAUGAUAAUAAAAAUGCUCCAAAUUCAAAUUAAAAUCCAAAUUGCCAAGAGUGAUAACCCACGGAGACUACUGCGGAGCGGUUCAUCCACAUUCACGCGACUGUUCCAAAAAUACUAUGAAUCCUCCUUUGCAUCGAAAAUAUUUUUGAAAACUAUUCUCUUUGAUCCUGUUAUGGCCGUACUUAUGGACGAUGAAAUGAAAUUCGAGAUCGAUGCCAAUAAAAUCAUUUCAGUGCAAAACCAAACAGAGAACGCUGAAAUGUUCGGUGAACCGACCUCUGCUGAUUAUAUGGAUAAUCUUAAACAGUACAGGAGAACCGCAAUUGAUCGCUUACACAUGCAUGUAUCUAAUUUUAUCAAGUCUUUCAGUGAUAACUGGUGCUUAUAUCCAGCGACGCUGCGCUGGCUGUAUCAAUCCAUGAAUCACUUUCUUCAGCGUGUUGAACUUUCAAAAGAGAACAUUCACAUAAUAAUGACAGAUUUAAUAUUCACAAACUUUAUUUGCCCCGCUAUUUUGAGCCCCAAUAUACAUGGUAUUAUAGACGCUCCAUUAUCAGAUAAUGCACGUUUUAAUUUGAUUCAAAUUGGACAAGUGAUUCGGAUGUUAGCUCUAAUGGAAAUUCAGCCGGUCGAAGAUAAAUUGCACGAACUUUAUGCAAAAUUUGACAAACAUUGCUUAAGAAAUUUAAUAGAUCAACUUGAUUAUGAAACAUUUGAAAGCAAUUAUGAAAGCAAUAGUGAUGCAUAUAGCAACAAUUUACCUAGCAGUACCAUUGUAAUAGCAACUUAUGGUGAACUAAUAACAUUGGUAAAUAUGAUCGCUGCUGUAAAUGAGCAAGAACGUGAAAUUUCAAUGGAUGAGAUUCACAAACUAAAACAGAUUCUUCAUAAAUUAAUACAUUUGCCAGAGAUAAAUCAAGAAACAGAAAUAAUUGCUAAUGUAUUGACUGCUUCACAUAAUAUAAAUAAAACGAAGCCUAAAACUAAAGCGCGCAUUUUGAAAACUAGAAGUUUGUCAAGCUCUCCUUCUCAUUUAACCAAUGAUAUAAGUAAAGAAACAAGUACUUGUCAAAAACUAAAGAUUGAUGAAGCUUUUUUAAUGAUUCCGUUAUCAUGGAAUGAAGAAAAAUUGGUGUCUGAGGAAGAAUUUCUCAAUAAGGUGAUAAGCAACAGUCCUCCAGCGCCAUUCUGUGAAGCUGUUAAUAUAAAACAAGAAAACAUUACAAUGCAAGUUGAAAAAGACACAAGACAAAAAAAAAUCUCACUUUCUCAUGAUGAUGGCUCUACCGGUAAUACAUCCGAUAACCUAGAAGCAGUCAGUGAAGCGCAUAGCAAUCAUUCAGUAGCUAGUUCUCUUGAGCUAGAAGAGGCAGAUCAGAACGAUAACGACAAUCUUUCUGACAUGAUAUCUGCAAAUGUAUCUGGCAGAGGAACUCCUAGUAUAUCAGGACGAGAUACUCCAUCAUCACAAAUCACUGAAGGUGGUGGAGAAGUUCAGCAUUUCACCACACCACAAAUGACUAAAAUCUUAAAUAAAACGCGUUCAGAUAUUGAAGACAAGUUUUGCAAGUUUGAAAUAAAAAAACUCACUGAAGGUGAUGAAACCAUAUCCAUAAUUUCAGACACUUGGAGUACAGAUGUUCUAGCUUCAGAUUCAGAAGUAGUAGAAGCAAACGAGAGAAACUUGACAACAACUCUAAUUCCAACAACUACUCUUAUGCCAGGUGACCAUAACUACAUUCCGAUUACAAAUUCUUUUGGACAAAUGCGGGUUACACAUGUGGAAUCAGAAACGCAAUCAGAAUCAGCAUGGAGUACUGAUGAAGCAAUUGAUAUCGAUGAUAAUAACGGAGCUACACGCUCCGAAGUUAUUGAUUCAGUGAUGGUUUUGAAAAAUGAUUCAUCCAAUUUGUCACAUCAUUGCAAAAAACUCGUAGGCAUUCAUGGAUGUAAUAUAAAACCCAAUUAUUUCUCGCAACUCUCUGAUGAAAAUGAGCAAACAAACAGUAUACAAUCACAUUGUCAGAACUCAACAGACAGUAACAACUCUAGUGGUAUAUCUGAGAAUUUGUCUAAGUAUAGUAAAAGCGAUGCAAAUGAGAAUAAUAUAAACUUGAUUUCCUUAGAAUCAACGCAUUACAUAAGAACCCAUAUUAGGAAUGACAAAAAUUGUAACCAUUCAAAACGUAUUGAUUGUAAUAAUAUGAAAAAAUGUGAUCGAACAAAUCUAAAUUUAUCAAAUCCAUUUUCUGGUACAAAUGGGCUCUUCUCCUCUGCCAAUAAUAACAACCUCAAGAACUCGUUAGAAAUACAAAGUCCGCCAGAAUAUAAUGAAGAAGAAUUUGCUGUUGAACAUCGUCGAUUAUCUUCAGAGCAACGUAACGCAAAAUUUGAUUCUCGCAGAAAUGGAAUGAUCGACAUUUUGGGUAACUUUUCAAAUUCGCUGCCAUUUCCUCAAAUUAGAAAUAAGGCCAUUUCAUACUCUUUACCAAACUCGUCGUGUGUCAACCCAUUUGAAAUACGAGCUCAAAUUCUGGAAGAACCAAUGAAGAUCCGGAGUACAAAAAAUAGUUCUUCACGAAUUACUUCGAAAAUACACAAUGCAGAAUCGCUAAGUGGGGUGAAUAUGAUAUCUUCAUAUGUUACUGACGAAUAUCAUCAAAAAGCAAACAAUGAAGAAAAAUCUCCGUGUUCUGAUGGUCUUGUUUCAAAAUUAUCUGGAAAAAUCACAGGCACUAUUCCAAAAAGCAUAAGUUUCGAUUCUUCAGCAGACAAAGCAAAUCGCAAUGACUCAACUAUCACAAAAAUAUCAGAGGCAUCGCAAUUCACUGAAAGUUUGAAAACCAAUGCAAGUUUUUUCACAAAAUUAAAAUUUGGAUUCAAAAAUCGGCGAAGCACCAAUAUCAAAGCGCGAUUCAGCAUAAACGGCCAAAGUGAUAAUUUAGAUGUUUUGCUCAAAAAUAGAAUUGCAGAUUCAGAGGAGACUACUGAAGACAUUCUAGCCAAAUAUCGCCGAAAAACUUCCAUUCCAACGGAUAUAAACUCAUCGUUAAGCAAUUGCUUUGCCGUUACUCGGGUAAAAGCAGAGGAGGAUGCGAACAAAAAAUUAAGUGAAAAAUCAUCACACGAGUAUCCCAUUGAUUCUACCGGAAUCAAGAAAAAACUACGAUCAGUACUAUCUUAUACGGACAUAUGUUCACAGGAUUUUAAGAAAUAUCGUGUAAGUAUGAAAUUAUUACACAGCGUAACAAAAAUUAACUGUUUGUCUGUCUCAAGAGCAAACUUAUGUGUCUCCGAAGGAUUUUGGGCCGCUGAAUCCGAAUCCGGGCUCAGAUUUGCUCUAACACGUCACAAUUUUGAGCUAUACCUCAAUUUAUAGGGCAAAAUAUGCGAUUUUGGGCUUUUUUGACUGCAAACCAUUAAGCAAGGAAAUAUUUUUUUUAAGCAAUCAAAAGGUUAAUUGGUCUAUUAACAUCUAAACAAACGACUCA